AUGAUGUAUUGUUGUUCAUCGGAUAUGUGUCGAUUAAUAAUCGAACAACAUUUAAAAAAUGAUUUAUUUAAACGUCUUGAUAAAAAAAAAGAAGAUUUUUUAAAUGAAUUUAAUUAUUUGGAAACAAUUCGUGAUAUCAAUCGUCAAUAUGAUGAAAUUGUUUUAACAAAUUGUAUAAUUGAUGAAAGAACUUCUUUAGAAAAUAAAUCUCAAUUAAAUGACUUAUAUGAUCUUGUGGAACGUUUAAAUGAAUGUGAAUAUUUAUUUAAUAGUCAAUAUGAUUUAAUAGAAAAUGUUAAUAAAAUAAAUCGAAAAGAAAAUUCAUCUCGAUCAUGUAUUUUAUCAUAUAAAACAAUAUCAUCAAUUCAAUCAAAUAUAAAUAAUUCCUUAUCACCAAUAAAUAAUUUAACUCCAAUGUUUAUUCAAUCAUUAAAUAAAACAAAUGUAUCAAGAAAAGUAUUUCAAUCGAAUACAACAGAUCAAUUAACAGUAAAAUUUAUUAUUUGA